CAUGCUGCAGAGUGGCCUUCUGGGAGUGUCCAGUUACAGGGACCUGGGAACCGCCCUGGGCUGAGAAUUCUCCAAGUCCCUCCUCCCUGCUGUUGUGAGCCAGGCUGGGGAAACACUUUCAGUUUUGUUUUCUUGUGUGCAGUAAAGGAAACUCCACAGAAGUCCUCCAAGGAGCAGAGCAUGGAGGCUGACUUCCAGGUGUGCAGGAACUGCACAAGCAGGGCAGGAGAGCAUCAUCGACGUCACGGUAUUUUCCAUGCUUGAAGGUCUGGGAAGAACUGGCCCUAGGUAUGCAACAAGGCUUCAUGCUUUAUACUAAGACAAUGAGCCUUUCUUUCUCCCCCACUUUAUCCUGAAGCAAAAGAAAUGUGGCCUCUGUCCACUUCACCCUCCACGAGGCCCACUGCCUGCGCUUCCUGGUCCUUUGCCCAGAAUGUGAGGAGCCCAUCCCAGAGUCAGAGAUGAAGGAGCAUGCAGAAGCUGAGCACCAGCAGACCAAGGACAUCCAACAGCAUCCUGCCAAGUGCAAAUUCUGUGACCUGGCUGUGCACCUCAGCAAGCUGGAUGUUCACGAGUCCCACUGUGGCAGCCGGACAGAGCGUUGUCCACACUGCAACCAGCCCAUCAUACUCCGAGUGUUGGCUCAGCACAAAGAUGUGUGUCUGCAUGCAAAGGCCAGGUCUGAAGAAGGGAAGAGAACUGUAUCUCCUGAAAGGAAAACCCACUGUGAUUACUGCAAACAAAUGAUUCCAGAAAAUAAGGCUGUCUCCCAUAUGAAACAAUGUCCAGCCUCAAGGACUGUGAAAUAUCUUCAGGAUGGAAAGCCAAAACUCCUUCCUCCAUCCCUUACAAGUCAGGUGACUGGAAAUCAAACACCCAGAGUGAACCAAGAUGUCCGUCCAAAGACAAAAAAUAGAAACAGUUCAACAAAGCAAGAGGCAAAGGACCAAAAUGGCACCCUGGACCUGCCUGUGAAGUCUCCGCUCCAGCAGAGGGCUGCUCUCUCUACAGGAUGUGAAGCAGCCUAUGACAUCUUUCAGAGGUGCCAUCAGUGUGGCAUCUUACUUCCCUUGCCUGUUCUAAAUCAGCACCAGGAGAAGUGCCUGAGGUUAGCUCAUCAAAAGAAAAACAAGUGAGGAGAACCAGCUAGCCCCAGAGGAAAGAUGUCCUAGGAUUCAGAAGAGCCCAGUUCACACUGGCUUCCCAGUUCACACUGGCUUCCCAGCUUCCUCUCAUGGUGGUCACAACUUCGUUUUCUUUACCAAUCGCUGUAAUUGAAUUUUUCCCUUUAAUUUUUGACAGUUUCAUACAUGCUUACAAUGCACUGUAAUCAUACUUAUCUCCAUUGCCUUCCCUCAUUCCCAUCCCACUCCUGUGAACCCCCUUUCUUCCCAAACAGAUCCCUUCCUUCAUGUCGUCAGCCUGCGUGCGUGAGUGCUUUUGUGUGUGUGUGUGCGCGUGUGCGUGUGUGUGUGUGUG